CCUUACUACUAACUACUACCUUGCGCCUUGUUCCAUCUUGUACUUCAAUGUUCAAGUUGAAAUUUAAUAAACUUUGAUUUGCGAAAUACUGUAAACAACGUCGCUUCACCCCAUUGCUCCAUUGCGCACUCCAUCUCCAUUUGGCAUUCAAACGAUAGUAUAAUAAUUUGAAUAAAGCGUAUACAUCGCGAAAAGACAUAAUGGAUGCUGCCUCAAUAGAGGAGACGAAUCGCCUCCGUGUUUCCCUCGGCCUAAAACCUUUGCCUGUUCCCGGAGCAAGCGGUCCUCAGUUUAAAGAGAAGGCAUCGACUCCCGAUGAAGAAGCAGCAAGUACAUUAGAAACUCGAGAAGCCGCCGCUUACGAUAACUACAAGAAGCUUCAAGAUGCCGAAGCUGCUAGGAAACGACGCGACGAGAAGGCUGCUGCUGUUAAAAAGGCCCGCGAUGCUGCAAAACGUUUCGAGAGCCUCCAAGGAAAAGGAUUAGGUGACGCUGACGAUGAUGAAGUUGAUACCAAAGCGUGGCUGAUUAAUCAGAAAAAGCGACAAAAGCAAAUUGAAAAGGCGCGAAAGUUAGAGGCAGAACUAGCAGCUGCCGAAGCCGAAGCGGCCGCAGCAAUACAGUAUACGUCAAGGGAUCUUGCAGGAGUCAAAGUUGGACACGAACUUGGAGCGUUUGAGGAGGGCGACGAGCAGAUAUUAACUCUCAAGGAUUCUAACGUCUUGGGAGAGGACGAGGAGGAGGGCGAUGAACUUGAAAACGUCAACCUUAGAGAACAAGAGAGGCUCAACAAGAAGCUCGAGUUGAAAAAGAAGAAGCCCGUAUACGACCCUAAUGCAGUGGACGAGUCCGGAGAGGGCAACUUCCUUGCCCAAUAUGACGAAGAAAUUAGCGGCGUCAAAAGCAAGAAGUUCACAUUAGAUGGAUUUGGCAACACGAUACAAGCCGAUAACCAAGACGGUCCCUCACAAAGCCAUCAUCGACAAAAGAUAAACCUCGACUUUCUUAAAGAAGACCAGCCACAAGCAGCCUCAGAUUACCUGGACAUCUCGGAGGUCAAAGUCAAGAAACCCAAAAAGAAGAAGACAAAGUCGACAAGACAACGGCCAGUGGGCGAAGAUGAUAUCUUUCCCAUGCCACCCGCAGAAGAAGAUCAAUCCAUGGACAUUGAUUCGGGUGCUGGCUUUGUUAGCAAGAAGCGCAAGACUGAUGAUACGGCAUUCGUCGAUGAUGAAGAUUUGCAGGCUACCUUAGCUGCACAGAGGAGAAACGCCUUAAAGAGGCGAAAGAGGGCGCGCCCUGAGGACAUAGCACGACAGUUGCGAGAAGAGGCACAGACACCUGAAGUUGACAAUGAAGAUAAUAGCGGCCAAGAGGGUGGUCUUGUCCUAGAUGAGAUCUCCGAGUUUGUUUCAGGCCUGAAGAAGGAGGACAUUGAAGAUCGUAAAACUCGUAAGCCAAAGUCACCUAGACAGACGCCCGCCACAGCUAUGGAGGAUGACUCCGACGAAGAUGAGCCUAUGAAGGAUGGAUACGAACAUGAACAUGACCGAGUCAAGCGCGAAACCUCAACGCCGGCGGAGACAGCUGUCAUCGGCGUCGACGAAGAGAAGACCAUCGGCAGUGGUGUUGGCGCAACACUCCAACUCCUCCGAGAACGACAGCUCCUGAAGGACUCUGGUGGUGCUGAUCUCAAUGACAGACAGCGCCAGCACGAUCUUUUCAUCGCCGAGAAGAAGCGGAAGCUGGCAGAGAUUGACCAGGAAGCCCGCAACCAGCGUGAACGGGAUCGUAACAGCGGCAGGCUAGAUAGGUUGUCGGUUCGAGAAAGAGAGGAGUGGGCCCGUCAACAAAACAACAUGCGCGACCAGCAGAGUUCCCGGCAACUGGUUGAUCUCUUCAACAAGGGAUACAAACCCAACGUGGAGUUGAAGUAUCACGACGAAUUUGGUCGGUCGCUUGACCAGAAGGAAGCAUUCAAGCAUCUCAGCCACCAGUUCCACGGCAAGGGAAGCGGCAAGGGCAAGACCGACAAGCGACUGAAGAAGAUCGAGGACGAGAAACGACGCGAGUCGCAGAGCAUGCUAGACGCCAGCCAGAACGUGGGCAUGAGCUCGGCGACCGCGCAACAGACGAAGAAGAGAAAGGAGGCGGGAGUUCGGCUUGCAUGAUCAUGCAAGCCCUACUCCUUUCCACACAAAGUUUUCGUUCUGUGCCAUGUGCUAUCGUAUGAGGACUUCCCGUUUCCACGUGUCUGUCGGUAUCUUCCAGCUCACGACUAUGAAGUCAUCGUCCUUUUCCUAUGCCUGACUUGAUAUGAUCUAUAUGCUGCUAAAUUUCCUAGGGAUCCCCGUAGAUUGUCUCUUACUGGUAACAUUAUGAAGUGUCGUGCCUCGUAUGCGAACGGUCCUAUUAUAAUUUAUAUAACCUAGUAUUCUCAGAAGCCGCUCAUGUACAUAAGACUAAAUUGAAGGCUUCAAAGUUACUCCUUGGUACAAAUGCGCAGGACGCAAUGCAAAUAUACAAUAGUGUGAAAUACCUAGAUAAAAAUGAUACAUAUGUAUCUAUCUAUAUUGGAGUUUUGCUUGCACAUGCAUCAUCGUGCAUGUCGUCGAAAAUACUUUAUCUUCAAUGCUUAUGUAAGAGGCGUCGUCGACAGCAACUAUUCACAAAAACAAAAUGUUAUUCGGGUGGGUCACGCACAAAAGUGAACCUUGCAGUUAGUUCUUCGUAAAAAAAAAUAACCUUGGAAGUUAAGCAAGAAGGAAGUCGCGAGCAAAUUUGUUUCAUCAUCAAUUAAAAAUGAAUGAUAGUAAUACACAUUUGAAACAUUUGAAAGUCCAAAGGGA